UCGCGCCCACGCCCACCACCCGCACCCUGCAUGUAGACAUCAUAACAACCCCCAGCGCCCCACGCACCACGAGAAGGGCAGCGUCAGCCCGCGUCAAGCGGGAGAGUCCCAAAGCUGUCAGAGUCCUUGCAGAUUUAAUUCCAGAGAGCUGUCGUGCUGACUGCCAGCUCCUCAGACGAAUAGAAUUAGAGUAUGGUGGAAGGACCCGCCCUCGUGUCCAAGUGCGUUAUCAGAGAAAUGACCGAGCAGAAAGUGGGAGAAAUACGCGCAGGAUGGAGAAUCGGUGCAACGUGCAGUGUUAUGGUCGAGGAGAGAUGCAUGAGAAGAUUGUGAAGGAGCUGGACAUCUCCCAUUGUGAAGGGCCAGGAGUUCCCUGUGUCCUCUUUGUCUACAGAGUGUCUCGUGAAAUUCAGGAUAUUCAAAAUGCCCUUCACUGGGUCACAGGAGGAGGUUCGGUGCAGAAGGAAGAUAUUUGUGCCGUGAUUCUAUUGCAGAAAUCCACAGCUGUUGGAGAGGAGAAGAUGACAGAUCCAGGGUUAUUCCAUGAGGGAACUAAAGUUUUUCGGGUAUUCUGGGUGGAUUCCAGUAGCUGGUGGAGUAGAUCGAAGACGUACCAGUGCCCCACGGUGAUUCAGACUGUCAAACAGAGUCUCAUCGACAGGACCCAAUCCAGAGGAGGUUCCUGCUCCGGGUGGAGUGAAGAUCUGCAGGGUGGUAAGACCCUAUCAGUGCCAAAUGAACGAUCGGCUUCCUGGAGUUCUUCAAGCUGCAGUCCAGAGACGAAUGACAGUAGCUCGGAAAAGCUUAACUGUAACGUGCAGUGUUACGGUCGAGGAGACGUCCAUGAGAAGAUUGUGAAGGAGCUGGGUAUCUACCCAUGUGAAGGGCCAGGAGUUCCCUGUGUUCUGUUUGUCUACAGAGUGUCCCGUGAAAUUCAGGAUCUUCAGAAUGCUCUUCACUGGGUCACAGGAGGCGGAAGAGCGCGGAAGGAAGACAUUUGUGCCGUGAUUCUGUUGCAGAGAUCCCAAGAUGUGGGAGAGGGGAAGAUAAGGACCUUUUCAGAGUUAUUCCAUGAGGGAACAACAGUUCGUCGAGUACUUUGGAGAGAAACCAGCGAUAUUCUCAAAAGGAGGUCAGCUGACUGCCAGUGUCCAAAUACGAUUUAGGCCAUCAGACAGAGUCUCAGUGACAGAACCAGAUCCAGAGAACAUUCCUCCUCCGGGUCGAGCGAGGAUCCGGAGGGCAGUGAGACUCCCUCAUUGUGCAUUGAGCAACCAGAUCAUUUCACAUCUUCAACUGGCACACAAGAGAAGGGCAAAAAGUGCUCAGAGAAGCUUCAGUGUAACGUGCAGUGUUACGGUCGAGGAGACGUCCAUGAGAAGAUUGUGAAAGAGCUGAAUGUUUCCCAGUGUGAAGGGCCAGGAGUUCCCUGUGUUCUGUUUGUUUAUAAAGUGACUCAUGAAAAUCAUGAAAAUCAGGAUCUUCGAGAUGCCCUGCAGUGGGUCACAGGAGACGGGACAGUGCGGAAGGAAGAUAUUUGCUCCGUGAUUCUGUUGCAGAAAUCCGGAGAUUUUGGAGUAAAUAAGAUGACGACUGAUCCAGGGUUACUUCAUGAGGGAACCGAUGUUUUUCAGAUGUCUUGGACAGAAACGAGUGUCAUGUGGGCAAGUGCUGAUGAAGACCACGCUGUGAUUCAGACCAUCAGACAGAGUCUCGUCGACAAGACAAAAUCCAGAGGAGGGUCCUGUCCCGGAAGUCCUGCAGGGAAGGCCGGUGAUCACCUGACACACCCACCAUCUGGGGAAUCUGCUGCCCAGACCCAGCCUGAAAACUUGCUGCUCCCCUCGUCUGCCCUGACCUGCUCUGAACACAUCACUGAAUACAACCCAUCCGGUUCUGAGAAGCUCUGACUCCAGAAACAAACUGGAGACCCUCAUCCUGAACCAAUGGUGUUUGAUCACAGUUAUUGCACUGAAAAUGUCUUGUGUUCCCUGCUCAGACCCUCUGUCUGCCCCACUGAUGGUCAAUAAAAGAGUGAUAGUGAUGUGA